AUGCUUUGUCAGGCUUUCCAUUUUGCACUCAUGGAAGUUGAGAGCUGCCAUCCAGUGUUCACUCCCCUGUACCACACUGCCAGUUUCAUUGGUUGCUGGGUGGGCCCCAGGCAACCCAUCACCAAUCAUUCCCCUCUCCUGUUGCAGGUUGGGAUGGCCACCGGCUGGGGGAGCCUCUUGCAGGAUGAGCAGCAGCUGGAGGAGCUGGCACGGCAGGCUGUGGACCGGGCCCUGGCUGAGGGAGUGCUGCUGAGGACCUUGCAGGAGCCCAGUUCCUCCGAUGUGGUAAGCUAUGCCCCAUUCACGCUCUUCCCUUCACUGGUCCCCAGUGCCCUGCUGGAGCAGGCCUAUGCUGUGCAGAUGGACUUUAACAUGCUGGUGGAUGCUGUCAGCCAGAAUGCAGCCUUUCUGGAGCAGACUCUCUCCAGCACCAUCAAAAGGGACAACUUCACUGCUCGCCUCUUUAACAUCUACAAGCAAGUCCUGAAAGAAGGCAUUGCUCAGACUGUGUUCCUGGGCCUGAACCGCUCAGACUACAUGUUCCAGCGCAAUGCAGAUGGCUCCCCAGUCCUGAAACAGAUUGAAAUCAACACCAUCUCUGCCAGCUUUGGGGGCCUGGCCUCCCGUACCCCAGCUGUGCACCGACAUGUUCUCAAUGUCCUGAGUAAGACCAAAGAAGCUGCCAAGAUCCUCUCCAAUAAUCCCAGCAAGGGACUGGCCCAGGGGAUCACCAAGGCCUGGGAGCUCUACGGCUCAGCCAACGCUCUGGUGCUACUGAUUGCUCAAGAGAAGGAAAGGAACAUAUUUGACCAGCGUGCUAUAGAGAAUGAGCUACUAGCCAAGAAUAUCCACGUAAUCCGUCGAAGGUUUGAAGAUGUCUUUGAAAAGGGGUCUCUAGACCAAGACCGAAGGCUGUUUAUGGAUGGCCAGGAAGUUGCUGUGGUUUAUUUCCGGGAUGGCUACAUGCCGAGUCAGUACAGUGUACAGAACUGGGAAGCACGCCUGCUGCUGGAGAGGUCAUGUGCUAUUAAGUGCCCAGAUAUUGCCACCCAGCUGGCUGGGACAAAGAAGGUGCAGCAGGAGCUGAGCAGAAUGGGUGUGCUGGAGAUGUUGCUCCCUGGCCAGCCUGAGACUGUGGCCCGCCUCCGUGCCACAUUUGCUGGCCUCUACUCACUGGACAUGGGUGAAGAAGGGGACCAGGCCAUUACUGAGGCCCUUGCUUCCCCUAGCCAGUUCGUGCUAAAGCCCCAGAGAGAGGGUGGAGGUAAUAACCUAUAUGGGGAGGAGAUGGUGCAGGCCCUGGAGCACCUGAAAGACAGCGAGGAGAGGGCGUCCUACAUCCUCAUGGAGAAGAUAGAACCUGAGCCUUUUGGAAAUUGUCUGCUACGGCCUGGCAGCCCUGUCCGAGUGGUCCAGUGCAUCUCAGAGCUGGGCAUCUUUGGAGUCUAUGUCAGGCAGGGAAAGACACUUGUGAUGAACAAGCAUGUGGGACAUCUGCUUCGAACCAAAGCCAUUGAGCAUGCAGAUGGUGGAGUGGCAGCAGGAGUGGCAGUCCUGGACAACCCGUACCCUGUGUGAGGGCACAGCCAAGCCUGCCCAGAUUUUGCUCAAGAGACCUUCUAUCCCUCAUACUUGUCAUUCCUCACCUAGCCCCUCUGAGGGUCUUCCCUCCCUGCACCUUGGGAAGGCUGGUCUCUUCUGUUCAGGGAAGGGUGAAUGCUGGGUCCUUUCUCCAGCUCUCCCGUCUGAGGACCAGAAAAGCUGUUUCCCUUAGGUGAGAUCUAUAGGCCCCUAAAUCCUCAGGGUGUGGGUAUAGCUGAAAGGAAGCUGAUUUGAGGUAAGGGUCCAUAACCCUGUCAACUGCCUGUCAGCUCCUCAUCAGCCUUUUCAGCAGGUUCCAGUGUCUGACCUAGGAUAGGACUGAGAGGUAGGAGAGGGGCAGUGAAGGGGCAUAGCAUUUCCCUGCCUCUGCCUUAAAUAAAACUACGUUGUUGAUUCUGUGA